AAUACCACAAAAAGGAGACAUAUAUGCAUGCAUCUUGGGUUCCUAGGAUCCUAAGAAGGUUGAGGAAAUAAUUAGGAUGAUCUCAAAGGUGUUGUACAAGUACUUCCUCUUCUUCUACAAGGUCCUCCUAAGGAGGGUGAGGCUUGCACAUGGAUGCCAUGGGAAACUACAAAAGUCCCCUCCUCUUGAGAAGCUCUCCAACUCCAACCAAGCCAUAGUGUGUGAUGUGGAGGGAGGGCUCCUUAGGUCAUCCUCCACUUUCCCCUACUUCAUGCUUGUGGCCUUGGAGGGAGGAGGGUUCUUUAGGGGGCUUCUCCUCUUAGUUUUGUACCCUCUCCUUUGCUGUGUUGGGUGUGAGCUAGGGCUUAGGGUUAUGGUGAUGGUGUGCUUUUUUGGGAUCAAGAGGGAAGGGUUUAGGGUUGGGAAGGCCAUCUUGCCAAAGUUCCUCAUGGAGGAUGUGGGGUUGGUAGGGUUUGAGGCAUUGAACAAGGGCUCUAAGAGGGUUUGUGUUAGUAGAAUGCCAAGGGUGAUGGUGGAGGGUUUUUUGAAGGAUUACUUGGAGGUGGAGGUGGUGAUAGGGAGGGAGUUGAAGGAGUUUCAUGGUUACUACACUGGGCUUAUGGAGGAGGAAGGUGAGGCUAUGGAGAGAUUGGAUUUGAAGGAGUUGAUGGGGAUGGGAGAUGGAGUUGUUGGUAUGGGGGGAUAUGCAAGUUCUCUCCACCACCCCUUGUUCUCCCUUUGCAAGGAAGUAUACUUGGUGAGUGAAAUUGAGAAGAGGAAAUGGCAACCCCUACCAAGAGCAAUGUACCCUAAGCCCUUAGUAUUUCAUGAUGGAAGAAUAGCCUUCAAGCCAACUCCCUCCUCCACCCUCUCCAUGUUUCUUUGGCUCCCUCUCGGCGUCGCCCUCGCGAUCGCGCGUGCCGUCGUCUUCCUCUUCCUCCCUUUCAAGCUCGCCAUCCCCAUCCUUGCCCUCCUGGGCAUGAACAACACCGGCCGUUGCAUCCCUCGCUCCUCUUCUCCCUCUCCCUCAUCUCCGCAACUCUUCGUUUGCAACCACCGCACCCUCCUCGAUCCUCUCUACAUAUCCGCUGCCGUCAAACGAAACCUGACCGCCACAACAUACAGUCUGAGUCGCAUGUCGGAGCUCUUGUCGCCUAUAAAAACCAUUCGGCUAACGAGGAACAAGAAACUUGAUAGAGAGAAGAUGGAAAAGGUUCUCCAAGAUGAAGGCCUUGUGGUUUGCCCUGAGGGGACGACAUGUCGCGAGCCGUAUCUUCUACGGUUUAGCCCGCUUUUCGCCGAGCUAGGGCGCGAGAUCGUGCCCGUCGCGCUAGACUCACGGGUCGGGAUGUUCUACGGCACGACGGCCGGCGGGCUCAAGUGCUUGGAUCCAUUGUACUUCCUCAUGAACCCAAUACCUACUUAUAGGGUUGAGUUCUUAGAUAAGGUGGAUACUACAUCUAUUGAAGGGAGGGGUUGCAAUAGUGUGGAAGUGGCUAACUAUGUUCAAGAGAAAAUUGCAAAAGCUCUAGGGUUUGAGUGCACAAGUUUGACAAGGAGGGACAAGUACUUGAUGCUUGCAGGGAAUGAAGGGUUUGUGGAGGCAAAGAGGAGGUGAUAUAUAUAUCAUACACUACUAAGAAAAAAAAAAAAAAAAAAAAAAAACCUUUUCUAAUUGCAUUUUCUUUGUGAUAAUUUUGUUGGAACUUAGAAGUUUCAUCUUGCAUGAAAAAAGAAAGAUGUUUAUAUAACUUGCUUUAUUUGUUUCCUUUAUUAGAGCACAUAGUGCUGUUGCUGCACUCUAAUUCUUUUUUCAUGUAAUUAAGAGAAUAAGAUUUGUUGAUGUACAUUAAUUUAAUCAUCAACAUAUAUUGCACAACUUAAA